ACGGGAAGUAUGUCUAAACUGAUUACACACGAGGGCGGCGGCGGCGGCGGAGCAAAGUCAAAUUCCCGUUGACACCGCAAUUCUUUUCAAUCUCCGUUCAUCUAACCGUCCAUUCAAAUCCCCCUUUCUCUAUAAAUCACAAUUCCUCCCCUUUGCCGCUCUCAUCAAAUCUCACCCUUUUUCACUUCCUAGAUGGCUCCGAGAACCAAAAUCACGUGCGCCGCCACCAUGGCCGCUGCCGGAAAGGAGAUUCAGUUCCGGGGAGUGAGGAGGAGGCCGUGGGGUCGAUACGCCGCCGAAAUCCGUGAUCCUGGGAAGAAGAUAAGAGUAUGGCUUGGAACCUUCGAUACGGCGGAGGCGGCGGCGAGGGCUUAUGACGCCGCUGCCAUAGAGUUCCGAGGAUCUCGGGCCAAGACGAACUUUCCCUACUCCGAUGUCGGAGAGGAAUCAAGUGAAGCCGUUCCCCUCGACCUCAAUCGCGACGGCCCGACGAACUUCUUGUUCCGGGAUUUUCGGAAGGAAUUGGCGGCGGCUGCGAAGCCUGCGUAUUUCUUUGGUAAAUCCAACGAAAUGGCGGCGGUGGUGACGGAAGAGCCUUUCUUCUUCGGCAUGAAGGACGAAUCGGACACUUCCCCAGUUGAGGACUUUACACGGUCGCCGCCGCCGACGAGGUUCCGUUCGUUGGGUAUUGAUCUGAACCUACCUCCGCCGGCUGAGAUCGCCUGAACGGUGUCUCCGGCGACAAUUCGCCGGAACUUUUUUUUUUUUAAUUGUUGGGUUGACAAACAAGCAAAACGUUGUAUUUUUAAUUGUUCAUUUUCUUGAACGGAAAAGACGCCUUAUUUAUUAAUGAUAAU